AUCGCGGGCCCUGAGGCCGCCAUCUUAGAUGGAGGGAGUAAGACGAGAACGAGCGUGAGGCGGGAAGGCUUCCCUGAGGUUCGCCUUGGGGCCCGUAGCAGGCCAGUUGGCUGGGCUUUGGGUGUGUGUAUCCUGAGGCGCAGAGCGCGAGUGGGACGAUGCGGUGGCUGCUCGGGGCCCCGUCCCCGGGGCUGGGGACGCGUCGAAUGUGACCGCCUCCCGCUCCCUCACCCGCCUCGGGGAAGAGGAGCGGACUAGACGCCGCUGCGGAUCGACGCGACACAGGGUCGGCCUGGCUUCUUCAGGUUUAAUUAUCGUUUAAACUGCAUCAAUGGAGCACAUACAAGGGGCCUGGAAGACGAUCAGCAAUGGUUUUGGAUUCAAAGACACGGUGUUUGAUGGCUCCAGCUGCAUGUCCCCUACAAUAGUUCAGCAGUUUGGCUAUCAGCGUCGGGCAUCAGAUGAUGGCAAACUCACAGAUUCUUCUAAGACGAGUAACACUAUCCGAGUUUUCUUGCCAAACAAGCAAAGAACAGUGUAAAAAAGCACGAUUAGAUUGGAAUACUGAUGCUGCCUCUUUGAUUGGAGAAGAACUUCAAGUAGAUUUCUUGGAUCAUGUUCCCCUCACGACACACAACUUUGCUCGGAAGACGUUCCUGAAGCUUGCCUUUUGUGACAUCUGUCAGAAAUUUCUGCUAAAUGGGUUUCGAUGUCAGACUUGUGGCUACAAAUUUCAUGAGCACUGUAGCACCAAAGUACCUACUAUGUGUGUGGACUGGAGUAAUAUCAGACAACUCUUAUUGUUUCCAAAUUCCACUGUUGGUGAUAGUGGGGUCCCGGCACUGCCUUCUUUGACAAUGCGUCGGAUGCGAGAAUCUGUUUCCCGGAUGCCUGUUAGUUCUCAGCAUAGAUACUCCACACCCCAUGCCUUCACGUUCAACACUUCCAGUCCCUCCUCUGAGGGUUCGCUCUCCCAGAGGCAGAGGUCGACUUCCACACCUAAUGUCCACAUGGUCAGCACCACCCUGCCUGUGGACAGCAGGGUGAUAGAGGAUGCAAUUCGAAGUCACAGCGAAUCAGCCUCACCUUCAGCCCUGUCCAGCAGUCCCAACAAUCUGAGCCCAACAGGAUGGUCACAGUCCAAAACCCCUGUGCCGGCACAGAGAGAGCGGGCGCCAGGAUCCGGGACCCAAGAGAAAAACAAAAUUAGGCCUCGUGGACAGAGAGAUUCAAGCUAUUACUGGGAAAUAGAAGCCAGUGAAGUGAUGCUCUCCACUCGGAUCGGGUCAGGAUCGUUUGGGACUGUUUAUAAGGGCAAGUGGCAUGGAGAUGUUGCAGUAAAGAUCCUCAAGGUCGUUGAUCCAACACCUGAGCAGUUCCAGGCCUUUAGGAAUGAGGUGGCUGUCCUGCGCAAAACACGGCACGUGAAUAUCUUGCUCUUCAUGGGGUACAUGACAAAGGACAACCUGGCGAUUGUGACACAGUGGUGUGAAGGCAGCAGUCUCUACAAACACCUGCAUGUCCAGGAGACCAAGUUUCAGAUGUUCCAGUUGAUUGACAUUGCCCGGCAGACGGCUCAAGGAAUGGACUAUUUACAUGCCAAGAACAUCAUCCACAGAGACAUGAAAUCCAACAAUAUAUUUCUCCAUGAAGGCCUGACGGUAAAAAUUGGAGAUUUUGGUUUGGCAACAGUAAAGUCACGCUGGAGUGGUUCUCAGCAGGUUGAACAGCCUACCGGCUCUGUCCUGUGGAUGGCCCCAGAGGUGAUCCGGAUGCAGGACAAUAACCCAUUCAGCUUCCAGUCUGAUGUCUACUCCUAUGGCAUUGUAUUGUAUGAGCUGAUGACAGGGGAGCUUCCUUACUCACACAUCAAUAACCGGGAUCAGAUCAUCUUCAUGGUGGGCCGAGGGUAUGCCUCCCCAGAUCUUAGUAAACUGUACAAGAACUGUCCCAAAGCAAUGAAGAGGCUUGUAGCCGACUGUGUGAAGAAAGUUAAGGAAGAAAGGCCUCUUUUCCCCCAGAUCCUGUCUUCCAUUGAGCUGCUGCAGCACUCUCUGCCGAAAAUCAACCGGAGCGCUUCUGAGCCAUCCCUGCACCGGGCGGCCCACACCGAGCAUAUCAACGCCUGCACGUUGACCACAUCCCCUAGGCUGCCUGUCUUCUAGUUGAACUUCACACCUGCACUCAGGCCACCAGGGGAGGAAGGGAAGUCAGCAGGCACCACUUUUCUGCUCCCUUUCUAGGGAGACAGAACUUAUUUUCAGAGAAGCUGCUGCUAAGGACCUUCCAGACAUUCACAGGGCCUUAACUUCAUGUUGCCUUCUUUCUACCCUCUCUGGCCCU